GUGGCGGGGAGGCGGCGCGGAGGGAGGGCAGGCCGGCUGCGGGAAGCGGGGCUCCGCGCUGGGACUGGUUCCUUCGCAGCCAUUUUCUGUCCAACCAAACAGCCGAUUUGCGGAGGGAGCCAACCAGGGCCGCACUGGAGGUUUGUGCCUGGCUCCGGCCAAUGAUUGAUGGACGGUGAUAGCUCCACGACGGAUGCUUCUCAGUUAGGAAUUGCUGGAGAUUACAUUGGUGGCAGUCACUAUGUGAUACAGCCUCACGAUGACACAGAGGACAGCAUGAAUGAUCAUGAAGAUACAAAUGGGUCAAAAGAGAGUUUUAGAGAACAAGAUAUCUAUCUUCCAAUUGCAAAUGUUGCAAGGAUAAUGAAAAACGCUAUACCCCAAACAGGAAAGAUUGCUAAGGAUGCAAAAGAAUGUGUGCAAGAGUGUGUAAGUGAAUUCAUCAGCUUUAUAACGUCAGAAGCAAGUGAAAGGUGUCACCAAGAGAAAAGAAAGACCAUUAAUGGAGAAGAUAUUCUCUUUGCCAUGUCUACCUUGGGAUUUGAUAGCUAUGUUGAACCUUUGAAGUUAUACCUCCAAAAAUUCAGAGAGGCAAUGAAAGGAGAAAAGGGAAUUGGGGGAACAGUUACAACUGGAGAUGGUCUAAGUGAGGAGCUCACAGAGGAAGCAUUUACUAAUCAGUUGCCAGCAGGCUUAAUAACUACAGACGGCCAACAGCAGAAUGUUAUGGUCUAUACAACAUCAUACCAACAGAUCUCCGGUGUUCAACAAAUUCAGUUCUCAUGAUUUGAAGACGACUUUGGAUCUGGGAACAUGAGACGCAGAAGCAGUGAAACUCUAACAAAAAGACAGUUUUAAUGACUGGUGGAGAGAUUUAUCUCUUUGUAUAUUAAAUAGCUGUAAUGUAGCUACCUGAAGCUAGACUAAUUGAGGUGUGAAUUCAGACUCAAAUCUUUUUCAUGAAUGAUUUUAAAAAAAAAAAAACAAAUUGGAUUUUAAAGGUAUUAAAGUAUUUUUGUUUUGUACAAGAGUUUGUUGCUCUGUAUAACUCCUGUAUGCAUUGUAUAUUGCAAUUUAUUACUGUCAGAGAUUUGUAGACAGUUUCUUAUUUUCAUAUUGAAUCAUGUUACUUUUGUAAUUCAGGUAAACAGCUGGGUCAAUUCAUGUUUACCCUUUGAAUAAAAAUGUAAGGGUAAAGUUCA